AUGAGUGCGGAUGAUUGUCCUUGUACUUCAGAGAAAGUGCUGCAAUUCCUCAAAGGGAUGGCCGAAAAAUGUGGUGUAACAGACCUGUGUGAUCCAGCACUGGCGCACUACAUCACUGAAAACGACGCUCUAAACCGGGUCCGAAAUGAGUUCUACUAUCCUAAGUGUGGCACAUUGCCUGAAGCUGACUUCGGCCUAUGCGAUCCAGAAUCCGAUUCUAUCUACAUGUGUGGUAACUCGUUAGGUCUGAUGCCUAAAGCAACUGAGAGAAUCAUGAAGGAACAACUUGAGAAGUGGGCUAAAAUGGGUGUCUUUGGUCACAGAAGUGGUGAACUGCCAUGGGCUUUCUGUGAUGAGCACGCUUUAGCAGGUGUUGCACAGCUCGUCGGAGCCAAACCUGAGGAAGUUGCACUAUGCAAUGGCCUCACUGUUAACAUUCAUGUACUGCUGACAGCAUUUUACAAACCGUCUGAUUCACGUCAUCAGAUCCUGUUGGAGUCUAAAGCGUUUCCUUCUGACCACUAUGCGAUUGAAUCACAAAUCAAGCUGCAUGGCAGGACGGUGGAGGAGAGCAUGGUGUUCUUGACUCCUCGUGAAGGUGAAGUAUGUCUACGAACAGAAGAUAUCCUGGCGUACAUCGAGGAACAUGGAGAGAAAAUCUCUAUCAUAUUUCUACCUGGUGUUCAAUACUAUACCGGGCAAUUAUUCGAUAUCCAUUCGAUUACCAGAGCAGGGAAAGAAAAGGGUUGUUUGGUGGGUUGGGAUAUGGCUCACGCUUUUGCCAACGUUCCUCUGCAAUUGCACUACUGGGAUGUUGACUUCGCGUGUUGGUGCUCAUACAAGUAUGGCUGCACUGGAGCUGGAGGGCUAGCAGGACUUUUUGUUCAUGAAAGGUUCAAGACAGACAAACGAGAACGAAUGUUGGGUUGGUGGAGUCAUCGAAUAGAAUCUCGCUUUAAUAUGGACAAUGUUCUUGAUCUCGAUGAUGGCGCAGCUGGCUACAGAAUCAGCAACCCACCUAUCCAUCUAGUUGUACCUGUAAUGGGCAUAUUAGAAGUGUUCAAGAAUGUGUCGCUUGAGGAUCUACGCAGCAGAUCGUGCUACCUUACUGGUUACCUCGAAUUCUUAGUCAAGCAUUUCUUCGCCGAAGCUUCUGAACAUAGAGCCUCAAAGAUUUUUUGCGCUGUAAUUACUCCGGCGGAAUUUCACGAACGUGGAUGUCAGCUCUCUCUACGCUUCUCAGUGUCGAUUGAUGUUAUCUACCCGGAACUAGUCAAACGUGGUGUAGCGAUAAGCAGAAUAUCCGAGAUGGCGAUAAGCAGCUGUGAAGUAAUACCUAGAUAA